UUGAUGUGCCAGGUUGUCGAAAGGCCAGCCACAUCCUUAGUCUCGACACUGCUGACAGCAGUGUACUUGUACAUCACAUCCCAUGGAAUCGGGUAUGCAGAUGUGGGCCUCAAUUACGACCAGGCAGUUCAGAAGCUUGAGCUUUGGAGGGUCCUCACAGCACAGGUCAGCCAUGUUGAGCUGCUGCACCUGCUGUUCAAUCUGAGCACAUUGUGGUCGCUCGGAGUCAUUGAAGAGAGCAAUGGGAAUGGAGCCAAGGGUGGCACCCGUUACUACCUGCAGACAUCCCUUGUGCUGCUCAUCUUCUCAGGACUGGUCUGUCUUUUGUUUUAUCAUGUCUUGGGGGUAGUCCUUCGGCGGGAGCAAUACCACACUGUGACAACCGUUGGCUACAGUGCAGUUAUUUUUGGGUGGAUGACAAUAUUGUCUCGGACUGGAGUGGCGAGUUUCAGCGUGUUUGGGCUGGCAAACAUUCCCAUGUGGCUGACGCCGUUUGCCUCCCUCGUACUUACAUCAAUCAUCAUCCCAAGAGCCUCCUUCCUUGGGCACCUCAGCGGCAUUGUGGUUGGGUUCAUGGUGGCAAGCGGGGUCUUUGAUUGGCUGACGCUCUGGUGGCUGGGCAGCCUGCUGGCUUGGAGUGGAGCUCUGUUGGUGUUUCAUCUGGUGAGGAUUGAGCGUUUGGAGGUGCCCUGGCUGCGCAUGAUGCCCUCAGAAGGGGCAGGCGACAUUGAGACGGGUGUGCCGGUUGUGAGAAUUGUGGAUGGCGUGCUCGAACGAAGAUAG